CAGUCUGAUAUAUCUAGAAACUGAAUAAAUACCCAUUCAUACCAAACAGCGACAUCUACAGGGUGUUGAACCAACAACCUUUAUAUAACAUCAGACUUGCACCUCUGAACAAUAGACAAGAGGUAGACAUGAAGUUUAAAAUUUCCCAUCAAAAACAAUAUAUUAUACCAUCUUCUAUUUUCCAUAAAUAUAACAUAUUUGAACCUAACCGAUUAUAUAUGUACUGUUUUUAGAUAAUAUAAUAUACGGGUAAUAUUUAAGCGGUAAUUGUACCUGCUUUUUAUUUAAAUUGUAUUAAUCCAACAGUAUUGGUUAUUGUGAUAUGUUUCCGAAAAUCAAAACAAUGCCUAAUUUAUCAAACACCUGGAGAUAUUUUUUAUCAUAAUAUAUUUAGGAAAAUGGACAAUGCUAAAAUAAAGAAAUAAUAAAUUGGCAAUAAACGUCAUUGGAAAACUAAGGGAGCACAAGCAAAUAUAUUUUACUAGUUUACCGUAAUAAGUAAGAUGACCCCGAUGUUUAGUUUAGAACGAAUAUGUGUUAAGGAAGAAAGCAGCGGCGCCGUGGCUUAGAUGGUUAAAGCGCCUGUUUAGUAAACAGGAGAUCCUGGGUUCGAAUCCCAGCGGUGCCUUUUGAACUAUGUCGCCGAUUUAUAGAUAAUAAUAAUCACUCUUUUCAAUUAUUGUAUUAUUAGCACAUUCCAUUGUCAAAUGAGUAACUUUUUAAGUAUCUACUCUGCAGUAUUUAGCAAGAACCGAUCACGCGCCAAACAAUAUUUGGAGAUUGUAGCUUUUGCUAUUUAUAAAACCAGUCCGGUAAAGAUGGAAAUACAUUAUUUUGUGUCAUAUAAGCUACAACAAGCUAAAAAGAAUAAAAUUAAUCAUUUAAAGAACGUUUAUAUAUAUGAUAACUUAGAAAAUGUAGAGUGUUGCAAUUUUAGCUUUUAUUUUGAAAGUCAUGGAAGGAAAUUGAUUCUUUGACUUCUUUAGUCUGAAACUCUGGCUGCAACUUGUUGAGCCCUGCAAAAGACUUCUUCGUCGCAGAAAUCGGGAAAAAACCACGGUAUAAAAUAUACAGAUGCACACCCAUUGCUAAAGUUAUUUAAUUUGAGCCUCAUAUUGAAACAUUAUCAGUAGAUGUAGAUGGCCAAUGAAGCGAAGCCAUGUCCCUGUCAUAUCGGCGACACGGCGGACUAUGGAGGGCUCGGCCAGGAGGUCCAGCUCGAGCACAUCAAAGCCUAUGUGGUGAAACCACCCGCCGCUUCUGACAAGGCCAUCGUUGUGAUACACGACAUCUACGGGUGGCAGCUUCCCAACACAAGAUACAUGGCCGACAUGCUGGCCGACAAUGGAUACAUUGCUGUGUGUCCUGACUUCUAUGUUGGAAAGGAGCCGUGGAGAUGGAGACCAUCAAAUGACCGGUCCACAUUUCAAGAGUGGCUGGAAGACAGAAAGCCCAUGGGAAUAAAAAAGGAGGUGGAUUCAGUCCUGAGGUUCCUGACUGAGCAGUGUGGGGCCAAACACAUUGGAGCGGUGGCCACCCAUUACCUUGCCCUGCAAUACCCACAGAUCAAAGCAGCAGUGUCAGUCUACGGGAUCAUCCGUGAAAGCGACGACAGGUAUGAGCUGAAGGUUCCCACCUUCAUCUUUGGGGAGAAAGAUGAGAUAAUCCCACUGGACCAGGCGAGUGUCCUCGAAGCAAAGCUGAAGGAGAAAUGCACAGCGGAUUACCAGGUGAAGAUCUUUCCCGGUCAGACUCAUGGGUUUGUCCACCGCAUGAGGACAUGAACCGCAGACAAACCCAGCAUCCUGGAGGCCAGAACAGACUUGCUCAACUGGCUCAAUAAGUACAUUUGAAUAAGAUGCUUGAGAAGACGCAAGUCGGCCAAAUAUCCGAGUAAGAUUGGUGACAUUCCAGUUUUGAGCAAGUUAUUUCUCAUGUUAAUAACAUGUGAAUAUUAAUUGUAGCGUUCAAACCCCCUUGCACUUUUACUUUGUGAAUUAUGGAUACAGCAUGUUUUUUUGUUAAUGUAAUCUUUAAUGUUACCUUUUAUUAGUUCGCCAACAUUUGUUGUAAAUGUAAUGUGCACCUGGCAUGGAAUACAAAGUAGGACUGUUUGGGUGGCUGGAAACCAGAAAUAAAUUGUCUAAAUGUCAA